GAGCCCCCCGCGCCUCCCCGCUCUGCGCGCCCUCCCCGCGGCGGAGGAGCUCCGGCCGGCCCAGCGCCGCUGUCAGCCGGGCGGGCAACCGCGGCCCCUCCGGAGAACUCGGCAGCGCGGCGCCCGGCGCCUCCCCGGUACAUGGAUUACCUGCAGUAAACUUAUGGGCUUCAAUUGCAGCAGACUCAGGUUAAACAUUAGGAAACUUUCUAGUAGAGAGGAUAAUGAAGCGCUGGACUAAAUUGCUUGGGGAAGUCAUCCAUGCCUGGAACCUUUGGAACAGGGUCUGCAAAUACUGCCAGAAGAGAAAUUCAUAGUCCAUCCUCAGCCUCUCUGGGUGACUGCAGAAGACAUAGAAUUGUGUCAUCACAACAGAUGAGCAAGUUGAGGACUAUGUCUGAAUGUAUCCAGCUCUCAUUUGCUGUUUGUAGAAUUGGCAUUUACACGUGUUUUAGAGCACUUUGCUGCAAGGGACCGCCACCACCACGACCUGAAUAUGACUUAGUUUGCAUAGGCCUCUCUGGUUCUGGCAAGACAAGUCUUCUGUCUCAGCUUUGCAGUGAGAGCCUGGAGAAUAUCGUGUCUACCACAGGUUUUAGUAUAAAAGCGGUGCCGUUCCAGAAUGCCAUCUUGAAUGUAAAAGAACUUGGAGGAGCUGACAACAUCAGGAAAUACUGGAGUCGUUAUUACCAAGGAUCCCAGGGGGUAAUAUUUGUAUUAGACAGUGCCUCCUCUGAAGAUGAUCUAGAAACUGCUAGAAAUGAACUGCAUUCUGCUCUCCAGCACCCACAGUUAUGUACUUUGCCAUUUCUAAUACUGGCCAAUCAUCAAGACAAGCCAGCAGCUCGCUCCGUACAAGAGAUAAAAAAAUAUUUUGAACUUGAGCCGCUUGCACGUGGAAAGCGUUGGAUUCUUAAACCCUGCUCCUUGGAUGAUAUGGAUGCAGUAAAAGACAGCUUCUCCCUUCUAAUAAACUUGCUAGAAGAGAGAGACUUCGAACCUUCAAGAAUGUGAAAUCCAAGAGAAAGGAGUGGUUCUCCAGACAUCACUGUACUUGCUCAUUCUGCACGCAGCUUAAUUAUGGUGUGGUAUCAAGACUGAGCUGUGAUAUGUUGUUCAUACAGAGUUAGUGCAGAAUGUCCUUUUGUUAAAAUAAAUGUUCUGUGAGUCAGGUACACAACUAUUUCCAGUAGAGUUGUCUAUGCUACUGAAGUAGGAAGUUCCUCUUUGUUUACCACUAUUUCUGCACACUGCAUGUUGCUUUCUUGCUUUGCGAUCAUCCUUGAUGGGGAAUUUUGCGCGCACAAAAAUAACCUAGUCUGUAAGUCUAUGUGUUACCUUGGAUUUUAAAAAAUAACUAAUAUCUAAAUGAUUUGUGGGUCUAAUUUGUAUUAGCUUGUUUACUGACCUCACAGUAUGGAAAAGCACAGCCACUGAGAACCUAGGAUACCUAAAAGGCAAGCAGUUUCAUGUUAAUGCAAAGGUUAUUCCUGAGGUUUUACUAAGUGAAAACACAGUUGACAAAUUAGUUGAGUCCUUUUUUAAAAUCACUGCAUAACCUUCCAAAGGCAGAACAGUUAUUUUGCUGGAAGUUUGAUGAAAAGUGAAUUAACAAACAGAUGUGCACAGAUAACAGUAUUUGGGGAAAGUAGGUGACAAACAGGUGAUCUAAGUAAAAUAAUUUUCUUAGAAAUAUACAAAAGUUGGACAAAGGAAUAAACUAAUUGAAAGUAGUUUUCCGUAAAAAAAGCAAGGUAAAUGUCUGUUAGUUCAUCUGUGGGGGCUUUAUUACUAGUUAGAAGUAUGAGUGAUUUGAAAUAAGUACUGCUUCCUUUAUCACUCAUUUGUAGACUACUGCUGUUAUUGUAACAUUGCCAAGGCAUCUAUACCAUAAUUAAGGGUCUUCCAGUGUUUGUACUUCUCUUUUCAAGGGGAUUAUGUCUUGUUCUUAACACUUACUCUGUGCUAAGUGUUCCUUAGAAGACAAAAAAGUAUUCAUUGGAAAACAACAUUUGUAAUACAUUUAGAAAAAGCCCCUUUGGUUCAAGUAACACAGUCCACAUUUUCUAUUUCCACGUUUCCCCCAGAUUUGCAGUAUUUUGGCUGCCUUUUGUUUAUUUUUUUAAAACUUUAUAACCCAAUUUUGUUCAUUAAAGAAAUGUGCCAGGCCACUUGUCACUGAGUCAGUGACAACAGGGGACGUGCAGAUCAGUUGCUGGACUGGUGCACACCUUGUGCUGUGCCUUGCGCAUUCAGCUACCCUUGAGUGUCUGCAAACACAAACUGUAGUGAUGUGUCAUUAGUUUCUCAUUAAUUCUGCUUGUGUUCUGAAACUUAUAACGCCAUUUUUCAGGGCUUUAAGCAGCAUAUCUUUCCACUCUGAGCAUUUAUAUUUUGUUUAAUGUUUAUUGUAGUCUCUCAUUAGUUUAUUUGGGGAUAAGAAAAUAGCAAAGAUCAGCUUUUAAAGGCUGAUAAAAGCCAUUUCUCUAUUACUUGCAAUUAUACUCUUUGUUAAACAAAAUGUUUUUAAUAGGUAUUUUUGUUUACUUUUCAAUUUCCUUGGAUUUCCUGCAUUGCUCUCACUGUUUUAACUUGGUUCCUGUUAUCAGAAAGAAGCUGGGAAAAUUGAUAAAACUCCUUGUUUCAUUUUGAGAUAGAAUAGGCAGAAAGCCUGAAAGGCAUCUCCUUGCUUUGUUUUUUUAUUCUCUUUCCUACCAGGUCAAUCGUCUCACUCCUAAUACUCUUGGAAAUAACCAAGAACUGGAAUUGUUCAUUUUGAAGCACAGAGUAGCCCUGCUUUGGUUCAAUUCUCUCUGCACACUUUAGUCAGGACCCAUCUGCCCAUCAGUUUCUCUUGUAUGGGUUAAGGAGGUUCCUUUCCCUGGAUUUAAGAAGGAAUUGGAUCUAAUUUACAAUUUCAAACUCUCUCUUAGCUUACGUGAGAUUAGAGGCUACAGAGUCCUCAGAUUUCCACAAGGUCCCCAAAUUUCUGUCCUGUUUAGAGACAAUGACAAGUAAGUGGUAAGGAGGAGGUGGGAAAAUUACUUGCCAGAGAAGGCAGGCAAAAUGGGGGAUUCAGAGCUUUUACUGCUUUUUCGUUGGCCAUUAGUUAGAAGAUGUGAAAUAACAUUUUUUUACUGUUUUUCCCCUUCUUUCCCUUAGUUAUGGACCAAAAGUUACAGGAAAUGAAAAUAAGCCCAACCAUAUUGCAUUCUUGAAACUUUACUUAUUUCUGCCAUCAGCAGAAAAACCAUCGGUCUGGUCCAAAAACUUUAGUGUUUCCAAGUUACAUUUUGGUCAUGAUCUCCCAGAUAUGCACUGUUAGAAGGUGCUACAUGACUAACAUGAAAAAGGCCCAAUACAUUGAUGAGAAUAUGGUUUUGGCAUAUGCCGGUGGCCACUUAGACUAGGACCUUAAGGCAAAUGUCAACUGCACAGAAGCAGUGAUUUUGAUUUACCGAAUUAUUUUGAGUAUGCUUUUUCUUAUUAAUACAGCGAUCAUUCCUCACCACAGAUUGAAACAAUACCUCAUAACUGCUGAAGGCUAAAACCAACACUUAACUUUACUUUGAAUGUAGUACUUCUGUGGUUUUGUGUUGUAGAUAGACUUAAUGGAUGUGUACCUUUUUAAUGUCUAUAAGCAACUUCACCUUUUUGUGAGGGGAUAAAAACAUUCAGUAGCAGCUCAUGUCAUAAUUCCUUGUCUAUAGUGUUGUUGAAUGCUCUGGCUUGGUAGAAUAUAUAAGCACUAUGCAGUUUGCAUUCUGCUAACCAAUCUCAAUUGCUGCAGUUUUUGUUGGUUUGUUUUGUUUUGGUUGGGUUUUUUUUUUUAAUCUUUUCAAAUGUGUUCAUCAUUUAGGUGGAAUAAACUUGGGCACUAGGCUCUACUUUACUUGCAAGUUCAUUAAGGAGUGAACAUUUUCUUUUUAAAAAAAGAUGUUGUGCUUUAAUGUUCUUUAGCCAUCUGUUAAAUUACUUCGUGUGUGUAUGUGUGUGUGCCCACACUGGGCUUCUCAGACCUGUGGCUGUCUGCAGUGUCUCAGCCGUCAGAGUGAAAACAUUAUCAAUCAAUAUCCAACAACAGCUGGUUUUGACAACCUUCUGUCUGCUGCCUAAUGUUUUACAGCUCAUCAGUAAGACUUCUUUGUCUGCCCACUCUGAGCUGGUAAUCUUACUGCUUCCAUGUCAUGUCCUGUAGUUGUACUUCUAGCAUUUGUAUGGAUAAAAAGUUAAAUCUUAGUGGGUUUUGAUAUUCUUUCUUGCUGUAUAAUGCUCCACGUGUAUCUUGGCUUGCCUAUUCAAAUACACUGUACAAAAAUCUGUGAUGUAUUAUUUCAUUUAACUUCUUGCAUUUCAUUAUAUUUAUAGAAGUUGCAGAUUUUUGUACCGUAUUACUUAAUACAGUUGCCUUUUUGUAAUGGCAAUUAAUUUAUAUUACAAAAGUUUGUAUCUUUUCUGUAGUCAAAAAAUAUUAGUUAACUGCCAUAUUAUCUUAACUUUAUACUAAAAAUACAGUGUCUAUACAUGAAGUUGACCCAAUCAAAUGGUCAACUGCUGACGUGGGGAACCUGUACUGUUUAUGAUUUAUACAUAAUUUCCACUAUCAAAAAAAAAAAAAAAAAAGAAAGAAAGAAAAAAAAAAGAAAAUAAAUGCUGUGUAGAAUUGAGUCGAUAAGUUUUGAUUUCUUGAGAAAGUAGCCAAUUUGGGAGUAUGGCAUAUUACCUUGAUUUGGAAUGUUCAAGAUGAAUUAUUUACCCAUAAGUGUAAAAAAAUAUUCCUGUAUAAAUCAUUGCUACAUCAUAUGUAGUUACACAUUUACACACACAUACAUACAAAAGAGAAAAUUUCAAAAAUUGACUGAUUUUUUUGACAGCAAGAUGUCAUUACUCUGGAAAUAUAUGUAAAUGGUAUUGCAGGUUUAUUGCUGAAACAGAGAUUGGAAUAAUCUUUAUACAGUUCUUCCAUAAUAUUAAAUUGAAAGACAUGUUUAUAUGACUAGAAAUUAUCUUUAAAUAAAUGACAUGGGAAAGUACAUAUACAAAACAAAAGCUACAGAAGUUGAGCAAAGGAAUAUACUCUGGGGAAAAUAAAGGAUUGUUGAAACAGCUCAGUGUUAUCCUAUCGAACACUAUUUGAGUAGAAGAUGCUCUUACAAUGCAAGUUAUAACAGCUGAUGGAAAUAUAGCACUGCUGAGCCAGACUGGAAUUGCUGAUUCAGCUACUAAGGUAUGCUUUUUCCAUGUUACUACUUUUAAAUCUGCCUCUUAACCAAGACUAGGAAUGAAAUGAAAGAUUUUUAAACUGAUAAUUGUUUUUUAAUUCUUUUGUUUCAUAUAAAUCGGAAUUGAAAACCAGCUAAUCAUGCCUCAUUUGAUAGCUCUUGAAAGAAUUUUCAUUAGCUCAUUAGCCCUUUGACCUAAUAGUUUAAACAAAUAAAAACAUCUGUUUGUGUCAGCUGUAGGGUUAGUCAUCCAGAGCCCAGGUUAACACAAGGAUAAGAGAGAGUCCCAUAUCCUACAUGAAGAAAACCCAAACUGUUUUCAGUAUCUGCAGUUGAAAAGGACCCCUGAAAUCAAGUAGGGCUGUUACUGAAUUCUGUUAGGUGAAGAAACAAAAAGAUCAUUACCUUUCUCAGUCCUGAGCCCUCAUGAGUGAACUGACUAAUUUCAUUGUGUGGGUUGGGCUGAAGAUCAGAUCUAAUUUAAAUAGUUCUGGGAUAUUCAUGCUUAAUGUUACCUGCUUAUAAUGUGUUGUAGCUUUUAUCACAGAUACAUUUGGAGAAGCCAAAGUAUGCUGUGUAUAUUGAUUGUUCAUUCACCAGAUUUCAUGGGAAAAUGUAAUAUGUGGUAUUCCGAUGGGUUUUGAUGGGAUAUGUUCAGGGCAACCUUGUUUAUAGAGGGUAUGUUUGUGCAUCAAGCAUGUUCAGCACUUCUAUUUAUGUCUUAAAUAUGCCUCAGUUUUUUAAUCACUGAAUAUCUCUAGGAAAGGCAGAUGUUCAAAUGUCAGUGUUGGUUCUAACAGUAGAUUAUGUAGUUCCAGUUACCUGUGGCAGUAAACUGGGAGAGAACGAAAGUAUUCUAAUCAUCUGUUUGCCAGGUUUACAGUAAAUCCAACUGAAGUAUUUAGCAAAAGGUCCAGUGCUGGUUUGGGAUGAUUAUGGGAGAAGAGACACUCAUUGCCUGAAAAUAACCUGAAUCACAGAAUCACAGAAUAUCCUGACUUGGAAGGGACUCACAAGGAAAAUUAAAGUCCUGACCCUGUACAGAACAGCCAUGAGAGUCAUACCAUGUGCCUGAGAGCAUUGCCCAAAUGCUUCUUGAACUCUGUCAAGCUUGGUGCUGUGACCACUUCCCUGGGGAGCCUGUUCCAGUGCCCAACCACCCUCUGGGUGGAGAAGGUUUUAUUAGGUUCUAAACCUCCCCGACACAGCAUCAAGCCAUUUCCACAGGUCCUCUCACUGGUCACCAGAGACAAGAGAUUGGUCCCUGCCCCUCCACUUCCCCUCCUGAGGAAGCUGUAGACUGUGAUGAGGUCUCCCCUCAGUCUCCUCUUCUCUAGCCUGGUUUUGGUAAAGACCAUAUUUGUAAUGAAAAACUAUUAUAUAGUUAAUUUCUAAGCACAGAAACAUUUCUCACACAUGAAAAAACUAUACCUGUAUUUGAGAACCUGCCCACAUACUAAGAAGAGGUAUGAAUUGUACCUAAAACUGACAACAAAUAAAACCAGCCAUCACAGUGUCUUUUUUUUACCUGUCACCUCAUAAUAGUAAAAUGCUGUUGUUCAGUUUUAUUAUGAUGCUAUGUAACUAUAAUUUAUUGCAUUUCAGUGUGCACUGGAAAGUAUUUGCAUGUAAUAAGUAAAAGAAGAUAAAAAUCCGUUUGUGGUUUGGCAACUUCCAUGUAUGAAGAGCUGCCCUCUUUCUAAGGAGACAUUGAGCAUUGGAGUACAGGAGCCUUAUAUUGUAACUUUGUUAUAAAUCACUGCUAACUGAAAUGCUAAAUAAUGGAAAUCCCAAACAAAAAGUCUGGUACUUUUUAACUGCAUAGUCCCAAAGAUGGUGUGCAGGAGAGAGGAAAUCAAGACUUGGAUAUGAAUGUUGCAAAACCAAAACAAGUUUAAUGGCCAAUCACACAGCAAAGUAUUUGGUGUUUUAACAAUGUGGCAGUCUUGAGUUUGGAAGGUUGAUAGAUUUUUCAGGAUCAAAAGAACAUUUUGUAAAAAGUUUAAUUUUAUAGUAGGUUACAUUUUGGGCCUGUCAACUUUGACACAGUCCCAUUAAAGCAAUAAUUCCUGCUGUGCAUUAAGGUUGACACUCCAAAAAUUUCUUCUAUGGAAAUGAAUCUGUUCUGUGUUCUGUUAGAAAUGCUCAAAUAGCAUUGUUUGUCCUGUGUCACCUUAUUUAUUUGAAAGGACGUAUCCUAGCAUUUCCUCAGGGAUACAUAUACACCCAAAUUGCAAUAAUAUUGUAUCUUUCAAAGACCCCAUUUUUGCCAAUGUCAAAAUUGUCUAUUUUAAUGCUUAUGAAAACAAAUAUCUAUUUGCAAAUCUGUCAGAAUUAUUUUAUUAUAGCAUUCCCAAGUAUGUAAGACCUAGAGAUUCAAAAUAUGAAUGGGAUUGCACCAUUUAAAAUUAGCACUGAUUAACUGCAGUAUCUGGGAAAUUGGUUUUUUUAUUUAACAGUAGAAUGAAAAAUGCAACUCAUAAUUGCCCCAAUAUUUGUCUUGCUGCAAAGAAAAAAUUAGCACUCAUUAGAAUUCAUAUGGGUUAUGACAACCUUAGUCCAUUUUUACUAAAUUGCUUUGUUUGCCAAUCCACUCUGGUUUACACAUGUGUGUCGGUUAAAACUGAAAGACUUCCUUCAAGUAUUUGAAACUAAGGUUGAUUUAAAAAAAAUGCUAAUUGCCUUGUCUAAAAAUAUUUUUUACAUGAUUUGCAGGAGUGUGACUGUUGCAGAAAAAUUCACUUUUGCCUUUAAGAUAUAGAGCAUGACCUUUUGGUUACAGUAAAUACAGUACUGCAAGUCUGGUAAAGUCAUCACAUAUACUAAAGGUAUUGAGACCAUUUACCUCACAUUCCUUCCUAUUAGCUUCCACAAUUAACAUGAUCCACAGCUGAAAAAAUAAUUCUAGUUGUCGCUGAUAAAUGGGGUGAAAUCGUCAAUCACUGAAGUUGACAGUAUUAUUUUAAAAAGAUAUUGCAAACAAAUGUUUACCCAGAGAUAGUUACUGUUGCUGAGAUUUUGUUCUUUGGGGUUCUCUCAUUUCAUUCAUGUUGCUGACUUUGGUGCUCAAUCUCAGAUUAAAGAAGGGGGUUUUUUUGCUUUGGAUUUUUUGGGAGGUUUUUUGUAUUUUGUUUUGGGUUUUUUUUUUGGUUUUUUUUUUUUUUCCUGUAGCACAAAGAGUACCAAACACCCAUACAUCAAAGUGUUUAACAGAACCAGGAGCAUUCCUGGUAACACUCUGAGAUAUAACUUCAGCUUUUUUUUAUUUGUUUUCUUUUCUUGAUAUGAUGUGCAGACCUGAGAUUUUGGUUCAGGCCUGUCUCCACUGAGAGGUGCCAGUAAUACAGAACUCUCCUAUUAUGGACUAAAUAGAUAUCUUGCCUAUUUUUAACGCUCACUUUUGAUCUCUGAAGAAUUUUAAUAUCAAGGUAAAGUAUUACAUGUUGGUUUCAUAUGUAGAUGCUUCAGUGACAUAGACAUUAAUGAAAAUGCAUACAGUGUUCGUAGAGAAGAAAUAUCUUGUUUUUGACAUUCUCAGUGCUGAGGAGAAAUCUUUCAUAAAACUGCUGCAGGAUGGUGAGUCUCGUUCUGUCUGCUUGUGAGAGGCAGUUUUGCUUUAAAGUUUGGUUCAAAACAAAUUGAAUAGAAACUUUUUCCUUCAAGUUUGAUAUUUUAAACUACCUGGAUACUGCCAAUUAGCAUGUUCUCCAGCACUUUGUCUGUGAGAACCAUUUCACAUCUAACCUGAUUAAGGCCUGAGGAGGUGUUCACUACUAGUCAAUGUUUCCAGUUAGUGAUCUGAUCUUUUCAAUUUCUUUCUGCAUAUAACAUUUCUAAAACCCCUUGAUGUUCACACCUGUUUGCACAUCUUGUGUCAGGCAAGUGUACCCUAGGAGUGGUUGUUGAGGCAAGUCUGGAAUUCUCCUGGCAGUCAAGGAUCAGUUUGUUCUCAUUUGUUCCAGAUGAGACACAAUAUUGUGUUCUUUCUCCAUCAAGAACCAUUUUCUCACCAUCUUUUUUGUUUCUAUGUCUGCUUAUUUUGGAUGGGAACUCUGGUUCAUGGAAUAACUAAUGUUGGAUAAUGCAUUUUCUUUUAGCAAAACAGGGACUAUUGCAGGAGAAAUAGUUCUGAGACUCUUUUCUAUGGUCAAAAUUACAGGUUAUGUUGCAAAUACUAACUAGAAAAUGUAAUUGUUAGUCAAUGGGUUUGAGUAUAUCUAAAAGCCAAGAUAAAGUGUAUCCUGUUCUAGCUGACUGAUGCUGAAUAUUGGUUCUCAUCUGCUAAUGUCAGAAUUAAAGUAGAAAAAGUUGCCAAAAAUACAUUGUAUCUGAUUCAGCAGGAAGCUUAGCUCAGUGAGUCAUGAGCCACCAUUCUGAAUGGCACUGAGACCUCCAUCUCUCUGAUGGGAAGCAAAGAUGGCCAUCUGCCUGAACCUAUGACCUGCAGACCAUAAGAUACUUAAUAUGUUUGCCACAGAGCUGAGGGGAGAUGCCAGUUUGAGGAGGCCUUGAUAGCGGCUCUACCUGACUGAGUCAUGCCAACUCACAUCUUCUGCCAGAGAAGGGACUAGUAGUCACUGUUCCAGCAGAGCCCACUGCUUGCCAGUGGCCCACUUGACUUGUCAGGAAUGGUGUGGAGUUUAGAGCCACAAGCCAGCCAUGUCUGGCUUACUGAGACAAGCACUUUUCAAGGCGACGAAAGAAACACUGAAAUGGGAAAAUGAGUGCUGGUGGCAGGCCUCCACACCUGUCAUGCUGUAUUACAGUUUCAGUCUUUGAUUGUUGGUCCCAUAAAGGUGUCGUUUUCUUCAUGUUAUUAAAGCAAUUACAGUUAUUAUACUAAAUUUGUCCUUUCUGAAGGGAGCAAGAAUAAAUGAGAGAGGAUUUGCAUACAAAUUGAGCCUGAUGUGGGGGAAAAUCGGAGCAGGUGGUGAAGCUGUGAGGAGACAUUAUGCAGGAGCAUGGCCGGAGUUGCCCUCCUCCACAACCCGUUGCUGGUGACCCUUUGAGGAAUGUCUCCUGACUGUCUGGUGGAUUCAUGUGAAUGAAGGACAGUUUGGCACACUGUUAUCCUGGGCAGAUCAAAGGCCAGGCAUUGGCUGGAUGGAUGGACAGAGGAGGCAUGUGAAAGGCCUCCCCUCCCACUGGCAAGGCCUUUUCCUUGGCACUGCUCAGCCUUCCCCCACCUCUUCUCUCAAAGACAUACCCCUGUGUAAGGCAGCUCUCCUGCCCCGUGCUGCCAGGUAGGAUGCCUGCCUUUGCUGCAGGAGCACCUGCCUCUCAGUGUGGUGGGUUCCCCUGGCCUCAGUCAGCCGGGAUAGUGAGUAGUGCUCUGGGACUGCACCUCCCAUUGCAUCCUAGGAAGGGUGUCAGGUUGCCCAUGCAGGUGUUUGUACUUCAGAAGAGGAAGACAUGGUGGGCAGCAGGCUUCCAAGCCCAUCCAAAGUGACAGUAUAUUUGGCUUUUGGACAUGGAAAGCCAUUGCUCCAGUUUCCCACUGCGGUUGUGUUUCUUUACACAAAGUUCCCCUUGUGUGUCUAAUGACAGGGGUAGGGGUUCUCACUCAUGAAAGUGCUACAAAAUAUUAGGAAAUAAAGCUAUUUUUUUUUCUGAGACUGAGUUUUAUAGCCCAAGUCACUGCUAAACAAAGGAUCAGUGGUGUGGAGGAAACACAAGUGCCUGGCCCUGUCCUUGUUAGGUUUGGACUAGUUUCAGCACAACAAGCCUGGUACUGAGUAAUUGAUGUGCAAAUUAAUUUUAUGAUAUUACUAGUAGAUGAAAAGUGUAUCUGAAAUAUACAUUACUUGCAAAUGAACCUUUGUUAUAAUGGGUUGUCCUCAUUGAAACAGCCCUGGAACAUGCUGUUUAAAUAAGAAAGAAUGCUGUUGUACUUUAUUUUUAGUAAUGUCUUUUGAUGCUGAAUAAGAUUCUUUGAAUUCCUACAGAUGUGAAAAAAAAGCAGCCCUCUUUCUCUUUUUUAGGAAAAAAAAUUGUGUUUACAUUUGUUUUAUAAGUGGGAGAAUGAUUAUAAGUUGUAUCUUCAUGGUCAGCAUUGUCAGCUAUAUUAUAGGGCAAUAACCAAGUUGCUUUCCUGGCUUAACAUGUACAUGGAUAUCAAGACCAAUGAAGGUAAAAUUAAACCAGUGAAUGGCUGUCUGUGUGAAGGUUCAUAUUAAUUUUUAAAAGUCUAUAGCAGUAACAAGUGUAGCAGAUAUCCUAAAUCAGAACAUGAGGAUGACGUUGAAUCAUCUCAACUAUUCUGAAGAGUUUCUCUGUGUUUCAAUGUCUCCACUGAAAAAGAGUAACUGGAUAGAGCAUGAGCUACCAGAAUCAUGGCUGUUACUGCAGAUCUGCUGCUUUAAUCAUGACAACUGUUCUGCUUUUCAGUCAUGGUUCAAGAUUCAUCCAGAAAUAUUCACUUAUUUCCAUAGUUAAAGUUAAGUCACUGAUACAGAAGUUACUAUCUGGGCAUUCAAGUGUGGGAUUACCAGCUUUUUACUUGUAUAUUUUCCUCUGCAGCCACAGAAGAAAUAAUUUCCUUUUUUUUUUUUUUGCACUGUGGUAUUUAAAUGUGAGAAAACGACUGAAAGGAUAAUAAGUUAGGAAAGCUAAUUCUCCUUUUCCAGGCAAUGAAGAGAAACCACAUGGCAGGUAAAAUAUCUUGCUUUAGAAAUCCUGGUGGACUCAUUGAUUUACAGAGAUCUGUCCAGUUCUCACAGUUAUUAAACCAGAGGGACUAAGAUUUGGAGGACAUCACCAACUAGUCUUAGUCACAGUGCAAGUAAACAAAUUUCUGUAAUUUAUAUUUUUGAUGACUUUUAAAAAAAAAUUGUCAAACCUAUACUUCUGACCACUCCAUGGCUUUGUAAUCUCAUAAUAACACAGCUUAUACUUCUGAAAUUCAGCAAAGUUUGUGAAUACAUUUUUCCUUAUAAUAAGUGAUCUUUUAAGAAUGAAGAAACAUUUUUCUUUUUUUUUUUUUAAAUCAAUAUUUUAAAAAAAUUACUUGCUUUGGUCAUAGCUAAUUUAGCCCUGAUGAGGAUUUUUUCAUAGACAGAAUAGAAUAUUAUAGUUCAAUUAUAAAGGCCUGCAACAAUUAUCUAGUCUGUCUGCGUCAUUAUUUGAGGAUUUGGACCAUUGUCCAAACCUGUCCACUGACCAGCUGGGAUCCCUGACCAUCUCUCUAAGAAGCCUGUUGCAGAGUUUGACCACUCUCUCAUUAAAGAAAUACUUCCUGAUGUCCAAUCUAAAUCUCCCCUUGUAUUGCUUUGAACCAUUUCCUGGCAUCCCGUGACAGGAUGCCAUGGAUCACUACCAUAAAUAGCAAAAAUGCUAAUUUUUGGACUUUGUAUGAACUUUUUCAGAAAACAUUUUCUGCCAUAAUCUGUCCAUCAGAACCCUGUUUCUUCUCUUUAUCUGCAUCUGUUACUCAGUACUAAUUCUCAUUUUACACUCUCUCAAGCAUUCCCCUUACACAGAAGAUUCUGAAAUGCAAACACUUUCAAAUACAUUUCUGCAUUCUUAGUGAAAAAACCCAAAACCAAAAAAACUCCAAACCCUAGGGGUUAGUAUGUUCAAAACAUACAAUAUGUUUUUUAUUUAAUGCAAAGAGACACAAGAAAAAAAGACAUGUUGACCUCACUCCAGUAAGUUUUUCUCAAAAACAUUGCAAAAUAUAUGUAAACUCCCUUGGCCUAUUCAACCUUUCCAGAUGCAUCGCUCUCCUGGGUACCUAGACAGAUGUAGAGUCAAGUGGAAGUGCAGAUAAGCAUGUUCUCUACCACCACUGUACUGAGAUAUGCAGACCUCCAUAUGGAAGGCAAAUAUCAUCAAUUUUUUCCCCAUUUUAAAGUUUCUUAUGAGGAAAGUUUAGCCCUACCUGUGGUUACAGCACAAAGGAAAAAUCUUUUCUAUAUGCAUUUUAUAAAAUAUCUCUUAUGUACUAAUUUAUGGGACAUUAUAGCUGGUAUACACGAAAUAUUUCAGUAUUUAUUUCUCCAUCAGAAUUGCUCAGGUUUUUCUUCACCUGUCAAAAUGAAUUGCCUCUACUGAGCAGUGUCUCAGUGUUCUGCAUGUCUCUAUUCUGUGGUUGCUUUAAGGCCACAGUAUAUCAGAUUCAGCUUCUUAAACUAAAAGGUGUAGGAAAUUCAGGGAGAAAAAUAUUACCAAAGUAACUUCAUUAAAGAGUCCUGUAUGGAAGAUCAAUGUCUUUUCUCAAAAUGCACUCAGAGAAAAUGUUGUGUUGAAAAACAAUAAAAAAUAUUACACUGAUGUUUCAGAGGUUGUAAAUGUGAGAUUCUGUUACCAGAAUUACUUUAGUGUCAUAUAUACUUGCCUAUAAUUGACUUUAUUUUGAAAUUUUGUCAUCUAUCUUCAUUUCUCUAUCUGCCUUUGUAACACACCUUUUCAAACAGCACAUGGUCUGGUUUUCAUUCUCAGUAAAAUUCCCUGUCCUCCUGCAGUUAUCCUGAAUGUCAAAAUCAGGGCAUAACUUGCCCACCUUCAUGCUAAAGCAUGACUCCUCUUAUGGGGAGUUGCAGCUCUUGUUUUUCAGACCUAUGGUUCUGAAGGUCUCACAAAAUCUUGGGAUUAUACAUUUUUCCCUCAUCUGUGAAAUCUCUUCAUACCUGCAGCAUUUACACAGCAUGGAAUGAGUGUCCAGUAAUGAAUGACAAUGAAUGAAAAGACAGAACAGAUGUUUUUGGAGCAAGAGAGCCUUUCCACAAUGUGUGCAGGGUGAAUUUGGCAAAUCCACAUAAACUGACUAGAGAGGAUGAUAGGUAUCACCCUCCAUCGCUUAGGGCAAAUGUAUUUCAGAAACAUAAGCUUGGUGUCUUCAUCUAUCACCUUCAAAACAACGCCCUAAUCCAUGGUCAUGGUAUCCUGGAUGUGGGUUGUGAGGUCAGGUAGAAGAAGUGAACUUCUCUGACUGGCCUGAUCAUUCUGCUCUCCUUUUACCCGGGCAGGCAGGUUGACUUUUUUUUUCCAUCUGAAGGGCAUCGUGCAGUUCUCUGAACAGGUAAGUCUGGUGCCUAUCCAGAAACCGACUAGUUCAGAACACCGACUCUCAUCUUACCUAUUCAGCUAGAAGGAUAGAAACCCACUAAACUUUCACUCAUUUUCUGCUUCAUUUCUUGAUCUUCAGGAUCCUAGAAAAGGCUCCAGCAUCCAAAGGACUGGGGCUCCUUCUCAUACAGCUGUAGUAACCAUGAGCCCUGGGAAUGCCUUGAGAAGUGACUUGGCUGCAGACAUCUUCAUGGAAGGUGGUGUCUGUGGCACAGCUCAGCACAAAGGCUGCCUAAUGUCACAACUUAGCUCCCCCAAAAACAUGGCACAAUGCUAGUAGCUCUGCUCAGACAAUUGCCAGAUAACAUCUCAAAAGCAUUCUGGGAAAUGUUUUCCUAAUUGACUAUUUAUCUCAGAGUCCCUCUCCUCUCAAGCAAUUGAAAUCUUGCUGGGCAAAAGGGUGCUUUUUAGAAUCUGACAUACAUCUUAGUGUUGAGAGUAUUCAGGAUGUAGUGUUGUCUUUCAAGGAUGCCAGUUAUGUCUGCAGCCUUCUACAGUCUUCAUUGUCUGUUGAAUAAAAGCUGAGACCCACAGUGCUGCUGGCAUUCAGACCAUCCUCACAUGAACAGUUGUUUACAGGUGUAUGUAACAGUUUGAAGCACGCAUAUUUUCAAAUAGUGACUGCUGCAUGGUCUGUAGCUAAGCUAUCUUGCAAUCCAGACAGAACAACAGUUUAAAAUAGAUGAACUUGUGUCAAUAUUUCCCCAUUUUUAUCUAGGUUUCAUGGAGCGCCUUUGAAAGUCUGUCUGGGCAGUACUAGCUGUUAGCUCUCUAGGGAAUAUGUUUUGUUUGAUUUAAUUAUAAUAAUGUUUGAUAUAACAAUCUAUUUCUACCAAUUCUUCUCACAUCAAUAUUUAUUCAGUGCCAUAGUUUUGUGUUGUUGGAACAUCCUGAUUUAGCAUUAUUAUUCUCCUAUGGGUCUGUCUCUGUUAUUCAAACAACUUUACAAGCCUACAGCAUUAAGCCUCACUCCAUUCUUUACAAAAACGAGGACUUUUUUCCUUCCAUUUUGCAACAAGGGAGAUCAAAUGCAAAAUGAUUUUGACCUGAAGAUCAUCUGGACUCUGAAGCAAUGCUGGUGCUUGAACACGGGAUCUCACUGCAGUGCUUUCCCUAUGCAAUUAAGGCCUCCCACAGAUUAGACUAGCAAAGCAAGUUUGCAAUCCUUUCAUGUUAAGCUACCCAAGGCACUUUCACUUUGGUAGCCCAACAAAAUUUGUCUGGGGCUUGAUUUCAUUAAACUCAACCAGCACACAGUCCUAUUGUACCUUGCAAACAGUCAUGACUCUCUUCUGCAGCUGUUUCAGGGGAGACAAGGUUGUGUACCAGCAUGACUUGGGUUUUAGUUUUGCCAGAGUCCUUUGGGGUAAAAGCUAUGUUUUGCAUCACAGUACUACAGUUUUGUGCAGGCAAUGUGUACAACAGUGUAAUUUUACCUGGUACAGGAAUUGUGUACUUACAUCUUGGGUCAUAUUAUGAAGAGGAUUUAAUACUUGUUUUCAUGAAAGACUAAUUUUAAAGAGGCUUUUGUCUAAACAGUUAAUAGAUUUUUACUUUAUCUUUUUGAUGUGUUCUGUACAAGAAAGGAUCUGUUGAAUGCAGUUCAUUUCUUUCAGCUGUAGCUAGGCAUUCACAUAUAUCUUCUAAACAAUAUGAAGUAAAACCCAGUCAGCCAUGAAGAAAGGAUAUCUGUUUACAGUUUAGAAUCUGUGCUAUUACAUAUUUGAAACCCUCACUAUUGGAUUUAUGGAUAGUUCGUGUUGUUAUUUAAAUGUUUUAUUUGUUUCUUUACUAUAAUUCAAACCAAUUAGUUUCUAAAUUUCAGACAAAGUUGAAACUGAUUCAGUUUAAACUGAAUGGGUUCAUGUGGCUAUUUCAGCCUCAAAGAUUUUGAACUAUGUUAAAUCCAUUUACAGUUUUAGUGAAAAAAUAGGGAAAUACAUUAAAUUUUUCUUUAAAGUAAGUAGUUUAAGAUUAAGUAACUUAUUUUCAAAUGAAAAUGUACUUGUAAAUUAGAUAUGCCAUAAUAUUACAUCUUUUGUGAACAUGAUAUAUCCAUCUGUACAGUUAUCCCUGACUCACCAGAGCCAAAUAGCAAUUGAACAUUCUUAAUACCACACAGUGGUACUAGUGCCACUUCUUGCAACCCAUACUUGUUUUUUCAAUAGGUCUGUAUCUACCUUCAUGAUCUGAAAGGACUACAUACAGAUGUGUUGCAGCAGAUGCUUGUUUUAUGUAGAUGUGGUGAGAGUAUAUGCCUCCUUUCUUUCUGUUUCCAUCUAGAGUUGUUUUCUCAGUACUACUUCAUACAAGAUAAAUUCCCAUCCAUCUUAUUUUUGCUGUCCUAAUGCUUUCCAGUAAAAUGCUUUGGGAUGACUAAUACCCAGGUGAACCUACAGACUCCAUCUAGUUUCUUUGGUAGUGAGUUUAUGAGGAAAAGUAUAUUUCUGCCCUACCCUCCUCCCUUGCUCUUCGUCUUCAGACCCUGGUGUCUGCACCAGUGGUGCAGCCUCAGUUUCCACUACGACAACGUAGAGCAGCAGAAGUGGGAACCACAGUCUGCAUAGAGCAGUGCAUCCCUUUCUCAGAGAAACCCAAUCUGCAUAAACUGCCACACUCUGAAGUUUUUAAACUUUCACCUUACUUCACAGUUUUCAAGUUAAAAUAAACUGCUUGACUGCUUAAUUGCAGCUGGAUUGUAAAUCUUCUAACAGUCAUCUGUCUUCUACAGCUUGCACACACCAGGGCGCUAAGCACAAUCACAGAGCCUCACCAAAACGAGGUAUGUUUGCUGCAAAUUCUAAAUAUGGUACAAUUUUUGUGCUGUAUCAUUUUGAUUUUGUGCUAUUAUCUUUUCAAUUAAGAUAUUGCUGUUUCUUUUGUUCAUGGAGACAAAAGGAAAGAGAGCAAACGCAUAAUAGACAGUCCCUGGUUUGCAGUAUUGGAAUAGAUGAAAUACAUUUCACUGUCUUGACUGUAUCAGUGCACUCAAGCUGGAUAAAUGAACUGAAAAGGCCUCUGACCCAAAAUAAUGGUAUACAAAAUGCCUCCUUCAAUUAUAUUGAAUAUGAACCAACUAUAUUUUUAAGAGGUUGUAUCUCGUAUGUCUGUAUUCAGUCCUGUUUCUUCCCCCACCUCUCUGUGCUGCCUUUCCUUGUUAAUUCAUUUAAACAGGGUUUCUUUCUGCUCAAUUUGCAUUCAAAUGGCUGUCAGGGGAAUUUAUGGAAAUAAUAUAAGUGCUUUUAUCACUGUG